CUCCUCCUCCUCCUUCUCCAUUGCCAUUGUCUAAGACCAGCUCAAGCACACAGUGUCCAAGAGUGUGAAGAAGGGUCCCCCAAGAGAGAGAAAAUGUUGGCUCAGAUUGCCAUCACCAUUGUGAUCGCGUCGUCGAUGCGACCGACAGGGGAUGUGGUAAGGCAGGAGGAUCUCAAACCUGGAGAUCACAUCUAUACUUAUCGGCUGUAUGGCCUGUACACCCAUCAUGUAGUUGCAUAGCUUCAGAGAUAAAGCGUCUACAAAGCUGUCCGGGUGUUCGACGAAAUGCAUGAGAGAGAGAGAGAGAGAGAGAGACUCUGACCGAGCUGUGCUUCAUUUCUUUCUUUCCGGUCGCCCGUCCAUUUCCAGCUUCGCCGUUAUAUUUCUCAGCAGUUCCAGCUUCGACCUUCUCCAUCUCCAGCGAAUCUCCACCUUCGAGUCUUCGUCUCGGCCUGUCCACUCCGCUACUUUGUUGGUGUCGACGAGGUGUUCGACAAAAUGCCAGAAAGACGGUAAGAUUGAAGUUCUCCUCCAGUCCACAGCGCCACCGUUCCUUCUGGUAGCUGUUCAUGAUCCAGGUUUACGAGCGCAUCAACCCAGCAUCUUCCCCCUUGCUGCCGACUACGAUCCAUCACGCUGCACAUAGAUCCGACAACAGUGGUACGAACGCAGCGUGGGAAAAAGCAAGUGUCCCAAAAUCCUCAUCAUCGGGAAACAAGCUUGUCCCUGUUCCUCCCCCUGAGGCUUUAGUCGAUGGAAUCUAUGUUGGAGAGGGCCACGUGAUUCACCUCACACGAACAGGAGUUGACAAGACGAGUCUCGAUCGCUUCCAGCAAGAAGGCAAGAACCUCUAUUCCCUCCGCUUGUAUGCAUAUGGGCGGCCACAACUUGGGUAUUGGCUAACAAGAUGGGGGACUUGCACCACCUUACCCGUAACCAAAUCGUCCCAGGAAGUCGUGAACAAGGCUCGCGAGCUUCAUGAGCAUGACAGCUUCGGCGUGUACGACCUCAUCAAUAACAACUGUGAGCAUUUCGCCUCGUUUUGCCGGACCGACAUACGGGCAAGCGCACAGACAGCAUUGGUCAGUGCUUGCGGGCAGAAGAUCAGUGAAGUCAAAGAAUGGUUCAUGAAGUUUCUGCAGACGAAUAAAAGGAAUGAAACUUUAGUUUUGUCUAUCCAGUUUUGGACUGGAAUGGGCAGCGAGAGGCAUGCACACGUGCACGGAGGAAGAACUGAGAUAAGAAAAUGUAUGUAAGCCGCAAAACUAUGGUCGUGUUUAUUUAAUGUGCCCGGAAAUAUGUAAGAACUUCUUCUGUCUGUUGGUGCUCGGUCCUCCUAAGUAGACUUCCCAAAAGAAGACAGCAUCUAAUUCCUGAAUGAAUUUCUCGCAUUCAAAUCA